AUGGAACAGCUACGUGGCAAGAAAAGGAAGCAGCCCGAACGCGACCCAUCACCUUCAUCUGAAAGGCAUCAACAUGAACGUGUUCGAGAUCGUGGCUAUGGUAAUGGCAACCGGAUGGGAGGCUCUAAACCCUGGUCUACUUCUGAGCAAGCCCGAAUAAAUAAACUUCAAGCAGACGAGCGGCACAGAGAGUUUUUGGCGCAGGAGAGCCAGUUUGUGUUGCUGCAGAAAAGAAAGGCUGCUGAAAUUCGUUUCAAAGAAGGCCGUGCCCGGCCGAUAGAUUGGCUGGCUGUUAACCUACGAAUUAUAGAUCCUAUCAAAGACCUCAUCAAUGGAGAUGUUCGGGAGGAAGAGCUAGAUUACGUGGACCCGGAGAAUGUAAUAGGAGGACUAUCAUAUGCUCAACUGGUAGAUAUGCGCAAGGACAUUCAAGAGUACGUUGAACUUGAGCGCAACGCGGAAAAUAGGGAGUAUUGGAAGACUUUGGACAUCAUUUGUAAAGAGCAGCAAAGAGAUACUGGUGGUAGAGCUGUUCGGUCUGUGUCUGCUGAUAUCGAUAAUUUGUUGCGACCCAAAGCCUAUGAAGAGCUCAAGAAGUUGGAACGACAGAUCAUGCGAAAGCUCGAUUCCGACGAACCUAUCGAUACAGACUAUUGGCAGCAAUUGCUUGAUAGCUUACUCGUUUACAAGGCUAAAGCGAAGCUGAAGAAAGUUUACAGCACUGUGCUGGACGGUAAGCUGAGAGAGCUCAGAAAUGAGAACAGCUUGUUGGCGGAGCAGUCGAAAAACAAAAUCUUAGACAAAUGCCCUGGCCUUUCAGUAUAUAUCAAGGACUUAGAUCCUAAGCCCCUGCUUGAACUUGGCACACAGGACAGGUCGGCAACCAUUAUAGACGAGAAGCACUUUCUCCAUGACCUGGAAAACCAGCGACGGAAGGUUGUAAAGGCAGGCUACAUCCCUGAACAAAGACAUGGCAAAGGCCAGUCCGGAAACCUUGGCCUUGUCCAUACUUCCGACACAGACCAUGGCAAGUCAUCGUCACUAUUUGACAAAGAGGCAGCGAAAGGUGUUGAAGAGGAUGAAGAAGUCUUUACAGGUGAAGAGCACGUCGAGACACGAGACACACAUACAUGGACAGGCAAGUAUAAACCACGCAAACCACGUUACUUUAACCGCGUGCAAAUGGGGUAUGAAUGGAACAAAUACAACCAGACCCAUUACGAUUACGAUAACCCUCCACCAAAAGUCGUCCAGGGCUACAAAUUCCAUAUAUUUUACCCGGACCUGAUCGACCCGUCGAAAGCACCAACUUACAAAAUCACAAGGGAGGGCGGACGCAAGAAGGGUGAGACCGUGGCUCCAGCUGGUGAGGAGGACACCUGUAUUAUUCGCUUCAUGUCUGGUCCACCUUAUCAAGACAUCGCUUUCCGUAUCAUAGAUCGAGAUUGGGAUUACUCGGCGAAGCACGAUCGAGGCUUCAAAAGCACAUUCGAAGGCGGGAUACUGACUCUUCACUUCAGCUUCAAGAAAGUCUAUUACCGGAAGUGA